AUGCUUCCCGACGUCCCGAAGAAGAAAAGGAGCAAGUCUCCUCCGUCCGCCACCACACCUCCAACAACUUCAUCAUCUCAGCCAGAUCAGGGGUCAACCUCUAAUCCGGCAGAGUGGCCAUCUACCUCGGCUCCACAGCUAAUCCCACCAUCUCAACGUCGAUGCCGACGCCGAUGCCGAACUGCAAUUGCCGCCGAGAUGGGUCGCAAGAAAGCAGUCGCAGAAGACCUUUUAGUCGACAUCCCCGACACCGUCAACGCUCAACCAGCACAAUCCCAGCCUCAACCAAAGCCAAAGCCUAAAAGAUUGAAGAAGGCUCAGCCCAAGGCAACGGUGACUCAAAUUGACACUGAGGACGCCUUGCCUAUUUCAAAAUUGGCUGAGAGUGAGAAAACCCCCUCCGCCGCCGAGAAGAGGCCCGCCGAGGCCGAACCAUCCCAAUCAACUCGAUCAAAGAGACCGAGGUCAGAGUCGGCCACAACCUCGGGGUCUAUGAAAUCAGAUGCCCCCUGGGCCCCUCCCAUCACUAUAGAGGACAAGCCGGUCAGAGUUGGUGAUAGUGCGAUUGAUCUUGAGGUCGGCGUUGCCUCUCAAUCGUAA